AUGGCUACGUCGACAUGCUGCCGGCCGCCGCCGGGGACACCAGCGAGGGUGUUGCGGACAGCCAGGGACCGACAACGGACGCGACCCCGGUCGGUGUUCCUAUCGGCCGACCAAGAAAGCUUCAAGGCGACCAUCACGUACCCGAUGAGCACCGGCCGCAACUUCGACGAGAUUCUGCGGCUGGUGGACUCGUGUCAGCUCACCGCGUCGAAGAAGGUCGCCACCCCCGUGAACUGGAAGCAGGGCGAGGACGUCAUCAUCCUGCCGGCGGUUUCCGACGAGGCCGCGCGGGCCGCGUAUCCUGAUCGGUCUGCAGCAGCCCUGCGACCAUACAUCUUCGAUCGUGCCGCAGCCGAAUUCAGAACAGAUCUGCUGGACGGGUGCCAGAGGAUCUGCUGGAACCUGGGAGGAGAGCAGUCAUGCAGACGAGAAAAGGACGACGGCUGGCUGUUCGCACGUGGCCUGGCGGCUGUCGCUGUCGCACUGAUCGGGGUCGGCGCCACGCUGAACCGAACCGAGGCGAUGCAGUGGGCGAACCUUCCUGGUCUGGGUGGGCCCGACCGGUAG